CACUCCAGGCAAUGCUGAUCUUGACUCGAAUGGAUCCACAUGAAUGAUGAAUCAAUUCAAGGGAAAUAUAUGGUACCAUGAUCAUAUCAUUUGCUGAGACAAAAAAUUGGUAGUACAACAUACAAAGCAAACCAAAAAAAAAAGUCUUUCUUUUCAUUUCACACCCUCGGUCGGGUCCCCGUUGCCAGACGCUCCAUCCAUCAUUACACUAACACUGCAGGGUACAGGCCGCAAGCAAGCAAUACAACCGUUAUCAUCUCGCACAGCCACACCUAACACUUUUUUUUCAAGGCAUUGUGAGAUCUCUCCGUAUAAUAAACAUACAUAGAAAAUGGGGAAACAUAAGCCACCUAAACCUCCGAGCGGUCGAACAAACUUGGCUUCAUGCAUAGUGGCAACCGUUUUCUUGAUUUUCGUUGUCAUAGUCAUCCUCAUUGUUUACUUCACCGUUUUCAAACCCAAGGACGUGAACCUCACGGUCAACGCCAUCCAGCUGCCCACCUUCUCCGUGGCAAACGGCACUGUAAACUUCACCUUCUCGCAAUACGUCACCGUUCUCAACCCCAACAGGGCCGUCUUUACCCACUACGACAGCUCCCUCCAGCUCCUCUACGCCGGAAGUCAAGUGGGCUUCAUGUUCAUCCCCGCCGGAAAGAUCGCCGCGGGCAAGAGCCAGUACAUGGCCGCGACCUUUUCCGUUCAGUCCUUCCCGUUGUCUGUUAACCAGCCGCUCAAUGUGGGGCCUACUGUUACUGAUGGGCUUAGUGGGUUUCGAGUAGGGCCCACGAUGGAGAUCGAGUCCAGGUUAGAGAUGGCGGGCCGGGUUCGGGUGCUGCAUUUCUUUAGCCAUCAUAUGGACGCUAGUGCUGAAUGCAGGGUGGCCAUUUCUAGGGGACGGGGGACGGUUGCCGGCUUCGGCGCAAGUGACGGUGAUUGCAGCGACAGCAGGGAUUGGGAUCGGAGUCGGAGGAGGACGGCCCACUUUUAACUUUCUAGGGAUUGGGGAAAAGCUAUUGUAAGUUGUUGUAGUUGGAGUGCUUAAUUUCUUUGACUUGACUCCCGUCUUUUUCUGAUUUCCUGGAGCCCGCCCGCAGGAGACUACGGGGUCUUGUUCAGGACUGUUGCAAACUGGUGAUUAAAGGACUUAUUAAAGUCUUAACUUUUGUUCAGGACAAAAGUUUUGUUUAGGACUAAUUUGUCUGCAAU